GGUUUCCAGAUGUGGGAAAGAAGUAGACAGCUGCCAUCUUAGCAAACAUAUGUCUAUUUAUGUAACUUUUUCAAAUUCUGUCCAAUACUCAGCACUGAAACGCCUGUAUCAGAUGGUCAAAGAGGGUGUGUGGGUCACACAGAACCUGACCGACUGUUCCUGGAAGCUAAAAAGAGGGAUUCUGAGUUCCAGUGGCAGUUAAAAGCCAGCAGAGCACUUUUUUUUUCUAAGGACACUUCACCUUGAUCGGACAUGUCCAAGAGUGUGUACGUCUCUAAGGCUGCAGCUGUGGCCACUGUGACGGUGGCAGCUUUGGCUCUUAUGACUGUCAUUGGAUUGGUCAUUUUCCACAAUAUCAGAACCCAAGAAUGCUUUCAUCUAUUAUCAUCAACAGUUCCGCCAACCACCACAUUUACCAGAAAUGGACAACCACCUGAUAUGAGACUACCAGGAAACCUUAUGCCAGAGAGCUACAAGAUUUACCUUCAGCCUCAUCUGGACUCUAACAUGCUUGAUCGAUACUCAUGUUUUACAGGGAAUUCUACUGUGAAAUUCAAGUGUGUGAACGCUACCAAUACCAUCUACAUCCACAGCAGGGAUCUCAAUGUGACUUUGAUAGGCGUGGUUGAUGAAAAAGGGAAGGAAAUGGCAACUCACCAGGUUCUCAUGAUGGAAGACGAGAGGGAUUUUUUCACAAUAGAGCUUGUUGACUCCUUGAAGGUCGAUGGACUGUACUACUUAAGCACUGAAUUUACAGGAGAAUGUUUUGGUGCUGGUCUCACUGUCAGCACUUACAUAACUGAAGAAAGUGAAAGAUAUGUUGCAUCAACCCAAAUGGAGCCCACAGAUGCAAGACAAGUAUUUCCCUGUUUUGAUGAACCAGCUAUGAGAGCUGUGUUUAACAUCAGUAUAAUCCACAGGAAAGGGUCUGUAGCUUUAAGCAACAUGCCACAGAAAGGACAAGUGGAAAUGGAUAUUGAUGGCGACAAGUGGCUAAUCACUGAGUUUUAUCCCACAAAGAAAAUUUCAACUUAUGUCUUAUCUUUUGUAGUGUUUAACUUUGAAUCUAAAGAGACAAACUAUGGGAGUUAUAUAUUAAAGACGUGGGCAAGGCCUGAAGUCAUAGCUGCUGGGCUUGUGGACUAUGCUCACAGUAUCACUGGGAACAUUCUGGACUUUUUUGAAGAGUAUAGUGGCAUAAAAUAUCCUUUGGGUAAACUUGAUCAGAUUGGUAUCGAAACACUUCCGGCAAGAGGUAUGGAAAACUGGGGAUUAAUCGUGUACUCGGAGAGCAUACUCACAUAUAAGGAAGGUAUCUACACCACAGCAGAGAAAGAGACGACUGCCAUAGUAGUGGCUCAUGAACUGGCACAUCAGUGGUUUGGAAACUUGGUCACAAUGAGGUGGUGGAAUGACCUAUGGCUGAAGGAGGGGUUUUCCACGUACAUGUCUUACCUUGCCAUGGAUAGAGUGGAGCCUGCCGGGAAUGUGAAAGAUCUGAUCAGUAUCAGGGAAAUCCAGGGUAUGCUUGAUUUGGAGGCUUGGCAUCCAGGACAGCACCUCACCACUAAAGAAGAAAACAUACAGAGUCCGAUUGACAUCACACGUCUGUACAGCUUCAUAAUCUACAGCAAGGGAGCAGCAGUGCUGACAAUGAUCGCAGAAUUCUUACCAGAGGGUGUCUUUCAAAGGGGGGUGCAGUCAUAUCUAAAGGCUUUCCAGUACAACAGCGCUGAAACACAAGACCUUUGGAGUCACUUACAGAUGGCAGUAGACAAUGCUAGCCUUCACCUAGCCAUAGCAGAAGUCAUGGACACCUGGACACAGCAAUCUGGCUACCCUCUGAUUACCAUCAACACCACAUCUGGAGACGUGUCACAGGAACAGUUCUGUUUCAACACGGAGAAAAAACAGAACCUUAUCUGGCAGGUUCCAAUAAAAGUGAUGAAAUCAGGCUCAGGAGAGAUUGAAUAUGAUUUGCUCACUGUGGGUGGACCAGUGUCAAAACCAAUGUAUCAGUCCAAUGGAAAUGAAUGGAUUCUGGUCAAUGUUAACUACACUGGAUAUUACAGAGUUAACUACAACCCUGAGAACUGGGAAAAACUGCUUCAACAGCUGGAAACUGAUUACCGGAAAGUACCUACCCUUAGCAGGGCUCAGCUAAUUGAUGAUGCCUUUUAUCUGUCAAGAGCAAAUUAUGUCAAUGUCACACUGGCUUUGAGGAUCACCAAGUAUCUCUUGAAAGACACAGAGUUUAUCCCAUGGGAAACUGCCAGGAAACCCCUGGAAAGCAUCAUUCUCCUGUUUGAUCGCACUGAAGUCUACGGCCCACUCAAGGCAUACAUAAUGAAGUUGGUUGGUCCAUUUUAUGACCAUUUUGAGAACUUCACCAAGAAUUCAUCCAUCCCACAUAGCCACACUGCACGACGCAACCAGAUUAAUGCAGUCAAACUUGCUUGUGCCAUUGACCAUCCAAAGUGCCAAAAGAUGGCAAGUGAUCUCUUUGACCAGUGGAGGAAAGCCCCAACCACAAAUCCGAUACACCCCAACCUGAGGCCCAUGGUGUACUGCAGUGCCAUAGCUUCAGGGGGGGAACUGGAGUGGGACUUUGCCUGGGAGAUGAUGAAAACCUCCCCCAGUGAUCAAGAAAGAAAAAGGCUGGGGAAAGCCCUGGCUUGCACCAAGCAUGUCUGGAUCCUCAACAGAUACCUGCAGUACGCUCAGAAACCAGAACAUAUGGAAGUCUUGGACAUGGUUUUGGUGCUCAGCAACAUUGCCAAGAAUGUGGUAGGGCAUUCCCUCGCUUGGGACUUUGUCAGAUCCCAGAGCUCUGACACAAGCAAAAGGGAAUUGAAGACAGUUUGGUAUCACGUAAUUGAUGAAAUGUCACAAAGAUUCUCCACUGAGUUUGAGCUACAGCAGAUAAAGGAGUUCCAGGCGCUGGGAGGUGAACGCUAUUAUGAGUCGCAGAUUUUGGAGAAAGCUUUGGAGAAAAUACAAGCUAACAUCAAGUGGGUGAAAGAAAACAUGAAGACUGUUUUCCAUUGGCUACAAAUGGAGACUGCUCAAGGAAAGAGCCUGACACGUUCCAACCCCCAGAAUGAGGAGCGGAUGCAAGUGAAAAUCUGAUCGAUGGGCAAAUGGACAAAGCCAAAAAGAUUGGGAGCUGAAGAUACAAACUGGGGAACAUAAGAGCAUGACAAAGAGAAUGGAUUAGAUUUUCCCAGCAAGGGGAGUGUCCCUCCUUGUGGGGGUGAUGCUGAUACUGAUAAAAAUGGAGAUCCUGAGAACUGGUUUUAGGACAGAUUUGGCAACAGAUGGCUUAGAUUAAACAAGGGAUAACAUUGGUAUUGUUUUUGGGGAGAUUGGCAUUUACUUAUGAUGGUAGCUAUACUCCUGUUAAUCAGGGAAGGCUGUUAGUUAAGGCCUUAUGUCCUUUCUAUGAGGAAUAUGAGAGAACAUUUCAUGUAAGAACAAUCAGCAGAGACAGUCAGUAAAUCUGUCGUUAUUUCUGUGAAACUCUAUAUAACACCAUUUACAAACAAUUAAUCCUACUUAACAAUUAAAAUAAGAUAUAAUCAAAAAUUGAAAAAAAAGACCAAAUUGAGCCUGUUUGGGAAAACCCUACUUUCCAUUCAUACUUUUGCAGUGAGACUGCAACUGGUAUUAGUAAAUCUAUCUUUUGGCAACACUGACACCUGGUGAACAACUAGCAAAACUUUAAGAAAAUUUUUUUUUUAAUUAAGCCCUUAAUCUGUGGACAAAUGAUAAUGCCAGAUGUGUUCAUGUAUCUGUUUGUGCAUCUGUCACCACAUGGAAUGAAUUCCAAAGGGAGAAACCUGUAAUGACCUUUUUUUAGUUCUGUGGCUCUCAGACAAGCAAUAGCGACUUGUUUAAUCCAGAAGGGUCUUUUUUCUUUCGGGGGACUCCGUGUCAGAAGGUGAUUUAAUUAUGACAUUAUGUACCUGAUCGUGCUAAUGAAAAAAAAAAUCUGUGUUCUUUAUGAAACCUAAUUAAUUCUGCUUAAAACAGUCAGGUGAAGUCCAAAGACCCAUUUCAUUCUUGUAUUGUGUUUAUAUGGAAAGUGGUUGUAAACACCAUGGUGUCUGAAGCUGAUUAUGCCUUCAGCUUGCACAAUGUCUCCCUCUGUUCUCUGAAGUGAAUACAUAGGCCUGGAAUGAAUCCAAUCAAACUUCUGUCCAAUUUACAAAAAAAUGUCAGUUUUGGGAAUGUAGUCACAGUUUGUGUCACAGCACCCAUUGUGCAGACUUAUGAGAGAAGAACAACAUUUUCAGUUUGGUAUUUUCUAUUAUUUUUUUCACUGGAUAAUAGAAAACAUGUGGGGAGGUUAGAGUUCAACCAGGAAAUGAGUAUAUUUCUCCAUGAGGAUCAGAAAGCAGCAUUCUUCUCUUCCAGAUCUUUUUCUUUCUUGGAGUUUCUUGUAAGUUGCAUGCUUUCAACAGUACCUUCAGAAAGUAUUCAUGUAACCCCCCCCCCCUCCUUUUUUCACACUUAUUUCCAGUUAUACCUCCAAUAUUUUAAUGCAUUUAUAUAUCUCCCCCUUCACCAACACCAAUAAAUUCAACACAUUUUGAUGAAAAAUAAAUUCAACAUGUUUUCAGGUGAUUGGUAGUAAUUACAGCUUUUAUCUGGUAUGUCUGUGUGAUAUUUGCAUAUUUAGAAUUAGGAAGUUUUGUCCACUCCAAGUUUUGAUGUAAAUGUGCUAGUAAUUGGGAAGCAAUUUUCAGGUCAUACCAGCCAUUCCUUCGUAGUUUUUGUGAUGUGUUUUGAGCCAUUGUUCUGUUUGAACAUUAAUCUUUGCCAUAAUGGCAGAUGAAGUAUGCAAGCGAGGAUUUAAGUGUCUCAUAUUUCAUAUGUUUUUGAUAAGGAUGAAUGUUUGUAACAGUUUAACAGCUAAUAAACAUUUGUUACAGUUUGACAGAUAA